AUGGUAACCAUUCAUGCAGAUGAAAUUAGUAAAAUUAUCUGUGAACGUAUUGAGCAAUAUAAUACCGAAAUAAAAAUUGUAAAUACAGGUACCGUACUUCAAGUAGGCGAUGGCAUUGCUCGUAUUUAUGGUCUUGAUGAAGUAAUGGCGGGUGAAUUAGUAGAAUUUGAAGAAAGUACAGUAGGCAUUACUUUAAAUUUGGAAUCAAAAAAUGUUGGUGUUGUAUUAAUGGGUGAUGGUUUGAUGAUACAAGAGGGAAGUUCCGUAAAAGCAACAGGAAGAAUUUCUCAGAUACCGGUAAGUGAGGGUUAUUUGGGUCGUGUUGUAAAUUCCCUAGCUAAACCUAUUGACGGUCGAGGAGAAAUUUCAGCUUCGGAAUCUCGGUUAAUUGAAUCUCCCGCUCCUGGUAUUAUUUCCAGACGGUCCGUGUAUGAGCCCCUUCAAACGGGACUUAUUGCUAUUGAUUAUAUGAUCCCUAUAGGGCAUGGCCAGCGAGAAUUGAUUAUUGGGGACAGACAAACUGGUAAAAUAGCAGUAGCUACAGAUACGAUUCUCAAUCAACAGGGACAAAAUGUAGUAUGUGUUUAUGUAGCUAUUGGUCAAAAAGCAUCUUCUGUGGCUCAAGUCGUAACUUCUUUACAAGAAAGAUGA